CAAAUGUAAACGCUCAGCUACGUUGAAUGUGACGUCGUGGUCAGUCUGUUCUCCGGAUGAUUUUAAAUAAAGAAAAGAAGAAGUCGACAUAAUGGACGUGGAUGCUGUUUUACGAGAUUUUGAAGCCCAUACACAGAACUAUAUUGGAGAUGAUCCACUGGACCAAUGGGACAAAUUGGUUCAAAGAAUAUCCGAAUGUUUCCCAGAGAGUAAAAUUUUCAGUGUGUUGGAGCGCUUAGUGAAAAAAUUCAUGAAUGAUCAACGUUAUGCUAAUGAUCAUCGUUACGUUAACUAUUGCAUUAAAUAUGUUAAUUUCUACAGUGAUCGCAUUGCAGCGUAUGGUUAUCUGCAUGAUCAGGGUAUUGGGACCAGAACAGCUUCUCUUUAUUUGGCAUGGGCACAACAAUUUGAAGUGCAGGAACUGUUCCAGCAGGCAGAUUUGGUUUAUCAAAGAGCGAUUGAAAAUCAAGCAGAACCAGCAGACAGCGUACUUCAUGAAUACAGGCUAUUCAAGACACGGUUAACUCGGAAGCAGGUGAUGACACAAGGUGGCACAAUGCCUCUUCAGAACUCACAACUAGUAAACCAACUGUACCCUUCCGACAAUCAGAAAGGAGCUGUUGAUUACUGUACCCAAAGCAAGGAUUCAACAGCUUACAAGAGUGAGCCUCCUUGUUCUUCACCUGACAAAACUCAGCACAUCAUUUCAAAGUCUGAAAAUAGACCAUCCCUGAAACAGCCACAAGCAUGUCAAAAUGAAAUAAUUCCAAUGUAUUGCAAAGACAAGCUGAUCUGUGGAGAUUCGGAGCUUUGCUUUGAAGAGUUAAGGGCUCAAAAUUACAUACGGAAGUGUGAGGCUAAAACAGAAACACAGAAAUAUGCUUCAUAUCAUGAAAUGUUAAGAAAAAAAGAAGACUAUUCCCACGUUCUUCAGGAGCAAUUAAUGGAACUCAAUAACCAGCUGAAGGCUAUGCAGAUUCCUCCACAAAAUGUUUCUCAAUCACCUGAAGAACAGCAUCAGCAAACCAUUGUUUCAGUUUCGGAGCCUGUACAAUCUGCACAAAUGGUUCACAAUAUUGGGAGGAAUAGCCCUGAGUCUUUAGAUUCAAUUAAUCUGAUGAGAAAAAAGGAUAUUGAGACAGUACCAGAGGCUUCAUCUGUUUGUCCAGACCCAGAUGUUUUUCCCCUCAAUGCAUCCCAUGUGGAAAGUUCCUAUCAUGAAGUCCACAAGAAAACAGAAUUGAUGUUCUCCCACACAACCCUUGACAACACCAUAAUGAAAACUACUAACAAAAAUGCUUUAAUUGAGGAUUCAUUGCCUGUGCUGUCAAAAGACACCACAAGCCAGAGCAAUUGGCUUCAAUUUUGUGAGCCACCUUCAGUUUUGUCUUCAGCACUGAAUAAUUCCAUUCAAGUAAAGUCAUGUGAACCUCAGCCGUUAUGCCAGACAGCUUCCGUCAAUGGUGAAGGACAAGAUGAAGAGAAAAUGGAAUAUAUGAACAGCGGCACGGGUGAAACAAGGUUGAACAACACCACUAGUCUUCGGAGAUCUGCUAUUUUAGAUGCAACUGUAUCUGGAUGGAGAGCUGAAAACAAAGGACAAACAACUGAAGGCAAUUCCAUAGGAAAGAUUGCAAACCGAUCUCAUGCUACUCCAAACACAUCCUUUGGAUUGGUCCAGCCAACACCAUCAAAAAUACAGCCUUCACCGACAGUUCACACAAAGGAAGCUUUAGAUUGCAUAAUGGACAUGUUCUUGGCGCCAUCCUUGAUGGAAGAUGACAAUAUACUUGAUAAUUCCUCUACAUCUGCAGAAAACAGCUUUGAAAAGUUCUGCAAAAAAACUGAUGACACAAAUCCUCAAAAAGACCUAGGUGUUUUCAGUCUGCCUCCUGACACCCCAUUUGUUGUCUUUCAGGAUGGAAAUGACAGCAAGGAAAACCAAUGUAACUUCACGAAUGAGAAAAAUUCCAUAAUUCAAAAGCCAAAGGUAUUUGGAGAGAGACCUCUUGCAUUGAAGCCAGCUGUCAUCAAGCCAAAGGUCAAUGUAAGAGCAGAGUCUACUAUAGAUGACUGCACACUCUGGGCUGCUAGAUGCAAUAAGACCUUGGCACCAAGCCCUAACAACACUGAAGACUUUUUAGUUUCUACUCAUAUGGCAUCUACACCAUUCCAUUGUAAACAGCCUGUCACAUGGGAGGACCAUAAUGACCAAGAAAAUGAGGCUCAGACUUUGAAUAAUUCUUUGAAUAUGAGGACCACUCAGAUUUCCCAAACCAGGAAGUUAAGUCCAAUCCAGGAGCAAAGCCCAAAUGACAGUGAUGAAUUAAAUUGUGAAACAAACUUGUCAGAAAGCCCCGUUGCUGAGAACAUCAGUACUGUUGAACAGUCUCUGGCUAGAUGUCAGCUCUCAAAUGAGCAGAUUCUUCAGAAUUCACAGCUGGAGAGUACAGGCUUGGUGGAGAAGUCGUCAAGUACUUCGGAAGAAAUUGAUCAAAAUGAUGAAGAUGUAAUCAUCAGCGAUCCCUGGAAUGAUGACUUAAUUACACGUUUGCUGACAGAGUUGCCUAAACCACUGGAUUCCUGUUCAGGCUUCUUUAAAUGGAAUCAUAAAAUCCCUAACAUCAGUGCGAAAUCUGUGGUGGCAAUAGGUGACCAGUCUUUCCAAGUUGACUGUGUACUCGGUGAAGGGGCAUUUGCCACGGUCUUCCAGUCUUCUGCUAUUGGUGCAAAAGACAGCAAAAAGCUUAUGUUAAAGUUCCAGAAACCUGCUAACUACUGGGAGUUUUACAUUAACCAUAUAUUAAAUGAGAGAUUACAUCCAGACUUUCGCCAUCUCUUCAGCCGCUUUUAUUCCGGCCACUUUUUCCAGAAUGGAAGUGUCUUAAUUGGGGAGCAGCACAAUUUUGGAACCUUGUUGAAUGCAGUAAACCUCUACAAGCGUAUCAACACGACAAUGCCACAGCCUCUUGUUAUCUACUUUGCAAUUUGCAUCCUGAAUAUGGUAGACGUGCUUCACAGCAUUGGGAUAAUCCAUGCAGACAUCAAACCAGACAACUUUUUACUUGGAGACAGAUUUUUGGAUUCUUCCUGUGACACAGAGAAUUUGAAUCAUGGUUUAUCGUUAAUUGAUUUUGGACAAAGUAUUGAUAUGCACCUGUUUGCAAAAGGAACAUCAUUCACAGCAAAGUGCCGGACGUCUGGAUUCCAGUGUGUUGAGAUGAUGACAGAUAAAAAGUGGAACUACCAGACUGACUACUAUGGAAUCGCAGGAACUGUUUACUGUUUGCUAUUUGGGUCGUACAUGCAAGUAAAAAACGAAAAUGAUGUUUGGAAGACAAAUGCCAUUUUUAAAAGGAACCCCCACACUGAAAUGUGGACAAAGUUUUUUCAUUCUUUGGUGAAUGUGCCAGACUGCAAAACACUGCCAGUGCUGAAGAACCUCAGAGAGGAACUCUUGACAGUGUUCAACGAAAACUACAGCAGUAAAAUAAAAGGACCGUGGAACAGGCUAAUGGUGCUUCUCCUAGAAAAUAAACGUUCUAAAAAGUGAAAUCUUCCAAUAAUGCUAAUUUA